GGUUUCCCAGCCUGACCUGGAGAUGCCAGUGGGGACUGAAACUGGGACCUUCUGUAGUGGCUCCUUCCCCGCCCCACCCAUCCUUUCGCAAACUCCAUUCCUAUCCCCAAAAUGAAGCACUCAAGAAUCUUCAGCUUUCCCUUGAGGGAAAACUGUCCCUCCAUCCUCCUUGAGCAUGGGAAAUUCCAUAAUCAAUGCUCAGGAGAACAAAGAUGUUUUGGAAGCAGCAGCUGCAGCAGCCCCAUGGACUUUGGGCUCUGCAGAUGGCAUCCCACAUGGCCAGGCGCUGCCAGGGAAGGAUCCUCACCUGGGGUCUGCUGCUCUGCUCCUUUUGGCCUGUACCUUUAAGCUCCCCCACCCACACCUUCCUCCCCCUCCUCCUCUCACCUUCCCUGCCCAACAAAACCUCCCCUCCAGAGCCAGAGACAGAGGGGAGCGGAUGGAGCAUGGCCGGUGGCUGCAGCCCGGUGAGCUCUGCUGAAACGACCGCCCUGGGCCAGGCAGGACAAGCAUGGAGCCGCCAGUAGUCCCUGCUGGGAAACCAGUGCUGGGGGGAGAGAAGUGCCGCCCUGUUGCUGGGGGAGGCAGCACCCGCUGCAGGCUGACCCUGGUCUCCAUCCUCCUGGUUGCCAUCACGGCCAGCUGUGGUGGGAUCCUGAUGGCCUUCCUGGUGAAGCAGGAGUUCCUGGCAGAUCACCUGGUGGAGCUGCAGGGCCUCCGUUAUGAGAGCAGCCUGCAGUGCCCGAGCUCCAACUAUCACCGCACCUUGACCCCCGUCCUGGAGAGGCUGUUUAAAAGCAGCUUUCAGAACUCAGCCCUGGAAGGGACCUGUGACAGGUGCUCCGUCUUGCAAUACAGGAAGGGCAAUGCCAGCAUCCUCGUCCACUUCCGCCUAUGGUUCUCCUCGCAGCCGCUCAGCCCAGACGCAGAAGAGCAGGCGCUGGAGAGGGGCCUGGCCGCUGCGCUGGGCAAUGGAGGAAUCACCCUGCCCUCCUACGGCACCAUCUGGGCAGCCUCUCUCACAGAGCUGAGCAGCGACUCCCCUUCAGGAACAGGACUGAAAUCAGGCACCUGCCCAGGGACAGCCUUCACCUGCCACAGCGGCCAGUGUGUGCCACGUGAGAACGUGGAGUGCGAUGACCGGAGUGACUGCCUGGACGGCUCCGAUGAGGCAGAGUGCGACUGUGGGUCUCGGCCGGCCAUGCAGGCAGCCAACCGGAUUGUCGGGGGGUCGGAGGCCACUCGGGGGGAGUUCCCCUGGCAAGUCAGCCUGCGGGAGAACAACGAGCACUUCUGUGGGGCCACAAUCCUGGCUGCCAAGUGGCUGGUGUCUGCAGCACACUGCUUCAACGAGUUCCAGGAUCCGGGCACCUGGACGGCCCAUGCAGGCACCGUCUGGCUGAGCGGCAGCGAGAGCAGUGCAGUGAAGACUGGUGUGAGCCACAUCCUCAAGCACCCCUCCUAUGACACAGACACGGCCGACUAUGAUGUGGCGCUGCUGGCGCUCUCUGAGCCUUUGCCCUUCAGCAAGUACGUCCAGCCCGCCUGCCUGCCGGCCUCCAGCCAUAUCUUCCCCUCUGGCAAGAAGUGCUCCAUCUCCGGCUGGGGUUACCUCAAGGAGGACUUUUUGGUGAAGCCAGAGCUGCUGCAGAAGGCCGUGGUGGAGCUGUUGGACCAGACACUAUGCGCCAGCCUGUACAGCAACGCCCUCACCGACCGGAUGCUGUGUGCUGGCUACCUGGAGGGCAAGGUCGACUCCUGCCAGGGGGACUCUGGGGGCCCACUGGUCUGUGAGGAGCCCUCAGGCCGCUUCUUCCUGGCCGGAAUCGUCAGCUGGGGCAUCGGCUGUGCGGAGGCCAAGCGCCCAGGGGUCUAUGCCCGGGUCACCAGGCUGCGGAACUGGAUCCACGACACCAUGGCCACGUUCACGGCCCCACCAGGCCUCACCCUCCCCUCGAUGGCCUCCACCACCCUCCUGCCUCUGGCGUCCACCAAGGGCACCACCACCACCACUGGCAAACCCCUACCCAGCCCCACCAUGGCCGGGGGCAGGCCAGCUGCCACGGUACCACGGCCCCAAGAGUGCGGCCGCCGGCCCGGCUUCUCCAAGCCCAUCAAGAUUGUGGGGGGCCUGGAUGCCUCUCGCGGGGAGGUCCCCUGGCAGGUCAGCCUGAAGGAGGGGCUGCACCACUUCUGUGGGGCCACCAUCAUCGGGGAACGGUGGCUCCUUUCAGCUGCCCACUGCUUCAACCACACCAAGGUGGAGUACCUGACAGCCUUUGCAGGCACCACCUGGCUGUCGGCGGCAGACAGCAGCUCUGUGAAGGUGAGCGUAAGGCAGGUGGUGCUGCACCCCUCCUACAACCCGGCCCUGCUGGACUUUGAUGUGGCCGUCCUGGAGCUGGAGCGCCCCCUCCCCUUCGGCAAGGUCAUCCAGCCCAUCUGCCUCCCUCUGGCCGUCCACAAGUUCCCCGUGGGCAGGAAGUGCAUGAUCUCCGGCUGGGGGAGCCUCCAGGAAGGCAAUGCCUCCAAGCCAGAGAACCUCCAGAGAGCCUCUGUGGGAAUAAUUGACCAGAAAACCUGCAAUGUCCUCUACAACUUCUCCCUGACAGAGCAGAUGAUCUGUGCUGGGUUCCUGGACGGGAAGGUUGACUCCUGUCAGGGCGACUCAGGGGGCCCCCUGGCCUGUGAGGAGACGCCAGGCGUGUUCUACCUGGCGGGGCUGGUCAGUUGGGGGGUCGGCUGUGCGCAGGCCAGGAGACCCGGUGUCUACGCCCGCAUCACCAAGCUCAAGGCCUGGAUCCUGGAAACUAUCUCACCAUGCCCCAGCACCACAACCAAGGCCGCGACCACAUCCAGCACCACAACCAGUGGCAGCGCCUCCGCCUCCUCCCCCAGCCUGCCUUUGGCUAGUCAAAGGACCACCCAGGCCAGCCUCAGGGUCACCCCCAGCACAGCCAGGCCACCAACCAACACCCCGAGAGCCACCCAGUUCGCAGCUGUGCCCUGCACCCCAUCCACCUUCAAGUGCUCUGGCAAAGUCUGCAUUGGGAAAGCGAACCCCGAAUGUGACGGCGUCAUGGACUGCAGCAACGGCAGGGACGAGGCCAACUGCAACUGUGGCUCAACCUCAGCUUUGGCCUUCAGCAAGAUCGUGGGGGGCAGUGGCGCAGCACGAGGGGAGUGGCCGUGGCAAGCGAGCCUGUGGCUGCGGAGGAAGGAGCACAAGUGUGGGGCGGUGGUGGUGGCUGACCGCUGGCUUCUCUCGGCUGCCCACUGCUUUGAUGUCCAUUGCUCCCCUGCUACAGGAACAAGCUCCUUGCUGGUGAAGAAGAGGACCCCAUCCUCUGUGCCUCCCCAAGCCAGCAAUGUUUUCAUAGCACAGGAGGGCACUGCCAGACCUCCCUCCCUUUGGAUCCUAGGCAUCCCCUUUCCUGUGAGCCCCCAACCAAGGCCAGUCCACUCAAGAGGUGAGAUGAGGCAACUGCCUCAGGUAGCAGGAUCCAAUGGGGCAGCAGGUGCAGUCUCCAAGGAAUGCACCAAGGUGAAGGGGAGGGGCUGCUGGUCUCCUCCCACCCUUGUUCCUGAUGUAGAUCUUUACUCCUGGCUGGGAAGUGGAGGGAGCCACUGGGUGGUUCUCCUCAGGCGCCCUGCCCCCCUUUUCCCUGGAGAUUGGGGAGACGGGGCAGGCCUUGAGCUGGCCAAGGGUCCCAGGUGCACCGUCCUUCUCAGCUACAGCGACCCAAAGAUGUGGGUGGCCGUCCUGGGGACACCCUUCCUGAGCGGCCUGGACGGGCGGGUGGAGAAGGUGUUCCAGAUCCACAAGCACCCCUUCUACAACAUCUACACACUGGAUUACGAUGUGGCGCUGCUGGAGCUGGCCUCCCCGCUGAGCUUCACCAGCACCAUCAAGCCUAUCUGCCUGCCAGACCACGCCCACCUCUUCGGCCAGGGCGCCCGCUGCGUCAUCACCGGCUGGGGCUCCACCAAGGAGGGAGGGCUGAUGGCGAGGCAGCUGCAGAAGGCGGCCGUCAACCUCAUCGCGGAGCAGGACUGCCGCCGCUUCUACCCUGUCCAGAUCAGCAGCCGGAUGGUCUGCGCCGGGUUCCCGCAGGGGUCCGUUGACAGCUGCUCUGGUGAUGCCGGCGGCCCCCUGGCCUGCAAAGAGGCUUCGGGAAGGUGGUUCCUGGCGGGCAUCACCAGCUGGGGCUAUGGAUGCGCCCGCCCUUACUUCCCGGGGGUCUACGCCCGAGUGACAGCCGUGCGGGGCUGGAUUGCGCAGAACCUCAAGGCGUGACUCAGGGAAGAGGCCGGGAGAUGGAACAGCAACUCUCCUUUGGAAGACCCUCUGCCUUUAACCAACAGAAGCACUUUUAGAACAUGUUUUCUCUGAAUAAAGAGGCUCGCCUGCCUCACUUGGACUUCACAAAAAGGGCAGGAUGAAGUUCCCCCUUCCUCUCCUGGCCUGUCCACUCUAUCACCCCAUGAUCUCUGGCCAUGACCCUUGUGGAAGGAGGGCAGGUGACCUUGAGCCGCCUCUUGGGAACACAGGCUGAAGGACGGAUGGACAGACAGGGAUCCUUGCCUCAGGAAGAAAGCGUUUCCCUUGGACAGUCUGGCCAGAGACACUGCCUCGACUUCCCUUCCCGCCGUAGCUUGGCCCCUGGGUGGGGGGGCUCUGCCUUGUGCCGAAGGGCUGGAUGUGGGGUGGCCUCAAGCCUUCUCUGUGCAAAGUGAGCAAGAGAAGCGCUCGGAGGAGGCCAGAGCAACGGACAAUUAAACAAACCCCUUUGUGGA